AUGGACUAUCGCGCGUCCAUUCCAGAUGACGAAAAUGGUGCCGGCGCAUCGCCCUGGGGUUCACCGCCUGCGACACCCCAGCGCAAUGUAACCAACUACAGCUCCAUAUCAAGCUCCCAGUCGCCCACACCCUACCAGUAUGGAGACCGAGAGCAAGGCAACGGUUUUGCGCAGGAGGACUCGGGGAUAGAUGCCUUUAGAAGACCGAAUACAGCUAGUAGCACUGCUUCAACGGCAGACUACGCCCCUUCAGAGCUGUCGGAACCUACGCAACAAGCUGGCUUUAGCUCCGAAACAGAAGCUCUAUCAAAUGCGCCACAACAGCAAGCAUCAGCGCAAGGUGAACCCGCGAACAAUGGGCCAUCCAAUAUCCCUGGGAUACAGCAGGCCCAGCAGCCACGUAGGCCGCCAGGACCCCAAUACAAACUCCAAGCCAAAAUCACCGGCCUCGAGAGGACUGGCAAGAAAGAUCCUGUGCUAAGGUUUGAUACAAAUAUACCCAAAUUCCGCACAACUCAAUUUCGCGAUGUCCGGCGGUUACAUUCCGAGUUCAUCAAGCUCGCUGCUCAUCUGAUAUCCGCUAAUCCUAAUGCCAUUGUGCCGGCCGUGCCGCCCUCAUUGACGUCUGCUGGUGCCGGUACAGACGAGGACGAGGCGCGCGUUAAGGCGCUGAUGCAAAGGUGGUUCAACUAUGUAUGCAGCAAUGAGGUGCUCAUGAUGGACGAUGAGAUGGUCUUGUUUGUCGAGAGCGAUUUCGGCUACAGUCCCAUGAUAAAGCGAAAGCAGCCCGCCACAGGGGUACGAAGGAAAGUCCUAAAACAGUUUGCACCACCUCCGGAUGACACUCCCGAGCUAGCAGAAGCACGUCCUAUCGUCAAGCUCUUUUACUUGGGCUCGAUGGAUGCGGGACAUAAGGUGGACCGACUAGUCAAGUCACGAAGAGGCCUGGGACUUGCUGAGUCUGACUUCGGCGUAAAGAUUGGUGCUAUGAGCGUGCAAGAACCGCAUCAAGGGUUGGCAAACGCCUAUCGAAAACUGGGGAAGAUUAUACAGACUGUGGGGGACUGCCACGCCGCCCAAGCCACAGCCGAGGCUACAACCCUUGGGGAUUCGUUUCAAUACCACUCACAGGAUGCCUUUAUCGUGAAAGAGACAUUGACGAACCGACAGCUUUUGAUUCGCGAGUUUCUCCAAGCUCAGGACACCACGCGAAGCAAGACAAACGCAGCGGAUAGACUCAAGGCCAGCUCGAGUGUAAAACGCGAGAAGGUCGAUGAGGCCAUUGCCGCUCUCGACGAAGCUAGAAAUACCGAAAAUGAGCUCUACCAAAAGACGACACGGGUCACACAGAAUCUUGUCAAUGAACGACGCAAGUGGUUUGCACGGACAUCAGCCGAUUUGCGGGGUAGCAUUCGCGAGUUUGUGUUGCGCGAAAUUGAAGCGGAGCGUCGCACUCUAGCACUUCUCGAGAGUGUGAGACCCGACAUUAGGGCCAUUGAUGCCUCUGGAGGACUUAGUCGGCUCGGCCGAGAGUCGCACCCAGCAGUGCGGCGCACGAGCCUUGCUGUUAGCCAAGGGCCCAAAGGUGAUGCCUGGAGCGGUGUGCCGAGGCGGACAGACAGUCUAAGCCGAAGCGUCUCGGGAAGCAUCAUGGCGGGUGUGAACGAGGAGGAGGACAUUGGAGAUAAAGACAAGAGUGUGAAGUCGCCAGUCAACGCAGGCACAGCCAUGCCUGGUCUUCCGGAAGAGGAUGACGAGGAUCGUGUGGAUGCGAGAAACGCGGCGAGUCGACUUGCUACUAGCACGUUCUGA